GUGUGUGUGGGGGGGAGAAAAUAUAAUUCCUGACAUGAGUUCCUACGUAGCCAACUCCUUCUAUAAGCAAAAUCAAAAUGUUCCUGCGUAUUCCAUGCAAAGUUAUGGGAAUUAUGGAUCUGUCUCUGAGAUUCAGCCAUCCAGGUAUUGCUACAGUGGGCUGGAUCUGAGCAUUACAUUCCCUUCAUCUGGGGCUUCCAACAAUCUCAACGGUGUGGACAUGUCUUCAAACCCCAGACCUAACCCCGAGCGACCUUCUUGUACAGUCAUGGGAUCUUCAGGGCACACUUUAGGCAGAGACGACCAGACUUCUCUUAACCCAGGAAUUUACAGUCAGAAGGCUGGGGGUAACAGCAGCAGCACCAGCACCAGCAGCAACAACAACAACCCCAACAACCCCAACAACCCGCCUUUGGAAGAUAGAUCUAAGAGCAGUGGGGAAAUCAAGAGUGAGCCGGGGCAAACAGCCCAGCAAAGCGGGCAGUCAAUGCAGCACCACCACCAUCACCACCAACAACAACAUCACCAGCAGCAGCCACAACAACAACAGCAGCAGCAGCAGCAGCAGCAACAGCCACCACAAAUAUAUCCGUGGAUGACCAAACUACACAUGAGCCACGAAGCAGAUGGCAAACGUUCCAGAACCAGCUACACUCGCUACCAAACUCUGGAACUAGAAAAAGAGUUCCAUUUUAACAGAUAUCUCACCCGCCGGCGGCGCAUAGAGAUCGCCAACAACCUCUGUCUGAACGAGAGGCAAAUCAAAAUCUGGUUUCAAAACCGGAGGAUGAAAUGGAAGAAAGAUUCCAAAUUGAAAAGCAAAGAGUCCCUCUAGAUAGAAGGUCUGGGUUUUGGGCUGGGGAAAGUGUGUUGGGGGGGGGGGGAGUCUGACCCCGAGUGGUUGU